GCGACGAUUGUUCUAGUUUACGCUGGCGAUGAACUGAACUGAACUGGCCUCGGUGGACGAGCACGCGACAACGACACGACCGGGCGAGCGCGAGGCUCUCUUCGCAAAGCACGCAGGAAUCGAAAGCCAGACACCGGAUAGAGAACUAACCACACACCACCACCGCCAUCAUGACAGAAGUACGCAUGCGCCUCCGGCAAAAAGGCCAACAAUUCCCCACGCAAGACUUAGAGACCUUCCUCCUCGCCUUCGGCGACAACGACUACCCCCUCCCAGAAACGCAGCGCCUCCUCGACGAAAUAAUAACCGACUACAUCAUCGAAACCUGCCACGAAGCAGCCUCCGUCGCGCACCACGCGCGCCGCGCCAAGAUCAAACUCGACGACUUCAAAUUCAUGCUCCGCCGCGACACGGGGAAAUUGGGCCGCGUGUCGGAUAUGCUGGAGACGGAUAAGGAGCUCAAGAAUAAGCGCAAGGCGUUUAAUACGGAUGAGGGGCAGGUGUCGGCCGAGGCGGUGGGGUUGGGGGAGCAGGGCGGGGAGGCGGGUCAGAGUGUGGGACAGGGGGUGGGGGAUGGGGAGGGGGCAAGGAAGAAGAGGAAGAAGAAGGAGGGUUGA